AUGGGGGAUGGUGAAACAAGCACGUUGGCUCUGACGAAAAUUCGAGCUUCAAGUUUGGUGUGGUGUGGUGUGGCGUGGAUCGAUAGCUGGGGGAUAGCUAGAAGAGUUAAAAAGGGGAGUGAGUAUAUUACGUUGCCGGUGAAGACGAAGAGGAUGAGGAAAGGCGAAAACGGGGGGAAUGAAAGAAGGAGAAAGAGAAAGAGAAAGGAGGAGGGAAGAGGAAGAGGAAGAAAAAAAAAAGGGAUCAGGAGAUUAAAAGAAAGCAAGAGGCAGGCGACGGGCAGGCAAGGCUUACGCGAAUGA